UUCAAUCAACGAACAUUGUUUUAAACAAAAUAAUUUAACAAUUUCAAAAUGUUUAAAUUCACCGCAAUUGUAGUUUUGGCUUUGGCUAUUUGCGUAGCAGCCGAUCCUAUCCGCCAAAAGAACUUGAGAAGACGAGUAUCAGCUCGUCAAGAAGUGCUACCUACACCAGCACCAACUGGAUAUCCAGCAGCAGGUGUUACUCCCGAAAUUCCCUUUGAAUUACCCACCGAAAAUGAACAAACCGAUUUUGUAACACAACAACCUGACGAAGUUUAUGGCCCACCAGAAUUUGAUGCCCAACAACCUGAUGAAGUUUAUGGCCCACCAGAAGCUGACGUACAACAACCUGAUGAAGUUUACGGACCACCAGAAACUGAUGCCACUCCCGAAAUAAUCGAAGAAGUAGAAGAAGAAGCUGUAGAAGAAACCGAUGCCGAAGAAGCUGCUGAAGAUUUAGGUGAAGAAGUCGUUGUUGUUGAAGCUCCUGCUCGCUUGGUCUCUCAACGUUUCCCACAAAGACGCGUUGUUGCAAAGCCUGCACGUUUGACAAAAGCUAAAGUUGUCAAGCCAGUAAACUUUGUGUACACAGCUAGAUUCCAAACCUUCCCACAGAAGUAA